CCGACAUUCGCUCUCUCUAAAUUUAUGAUUUACCCCAAUAAAGCCGAAAGAUAGAAGCGUUGGUGAUUGAAAAGCUAAGCCCACCCGCGGAGAUUGUAUCGCGCUCAUGCUUCGGCGUAGAACUCGGCGAAGAAGAGAAAGACAAACAUUUAAAAUAUAACAAAAGAAUGAUUGAUCGAUCUCGGCUCUCUUCUUCUUUACCUUGGUCUCCGAUCGCUUUCUAAAUCUUUCCAGGGUUCGGCAUCGCGGGAUCGGGACGGCAUUAGGUUGCAUUUCAAUUGGUGGGUGGAGGAGAUGGGAUCGGGGAGCAGCAAGGACGCCGGGGCGGCGGCGGCCUCGUCGUCUGGUGGAGGACUACGGAAGGCGAGAUCCGGAGGGGCUAGGGUUCUCAACUCUUCUUGCUUUGGCCUCUCAUCAGCUAUCUGGGAUGAUCGGAAGAAAGAAGAGAAUGGAAGAUGUAGAAGCAAUAUUUGUGGGGGUGAAGUGGAGAGUAAAGCCUUUGGAAGGAAUCAUGAAGGCUGCGGGAAGCUUAGCAUUGCCCAACCUAGUAAAAUGCCCUCGUUGACUUCUUUUGAUGAUGAACGAAGUGGAGAAGAUCAAGAUGGGGCACUGCAAAUUGGUUUAGGUGCCAGCAGCAGCUCUUCUGCAACAGCUGCUGUUAGCCGAUCAUCAAACACUUCAGGCAGGUUCUCUCAUUUUGGUUUUUUCUCAGAUGGAAUUAAUUUUAGGUUAAACAGAGCCGUCAGUUUGGGGUCAUCAAGGGCCGACUCUCUCUUCUCAGCUGGUCUCUCCUUUCCAAACAAUGAUGCAGGUGAUCAUGCUAUUGUUGAUGUUGAUAGUUCUCUAAAUAAUGUGAACGAUACUCAUGAGAGUGUCAUUGUGGAAAAUAAUUCUCCCCAAGAUGUGGUCAGAAAUAAUGAAAGGGUUGAGGCUACAUUUGGUCGAUAUUCUCAUACCAAUCAUCUAGAAUCUGAAAAUGCUGAAUUGAGGUAUUCUAAUAGACGGCUUGGACCACAAGAACCUUUAGAAAGCAGUUUGCAGUUUAGCCGAGCACUUAGCGUUGGACGGCUUCGUGAUAGAGUUCUUCGAAGGACUUCAUUAUCUGAGGGAGUAUUUGGUCCUGUCCAUCUAGAGGAUAGGUCUGCUGGGUCUACGGGGCAGGUUAACGGGAGACGACUCUUGGGUGGUACAAGAAGAUCACAAUCCUUUUCCAACAGGAACGAUGAUGUGCUGCAAGAUCCGUCUAGUACUCACCCUUACCCAAUAGCUGGCACUUCGGGCAUGAAUGCUGAUCAUGACUCAGAAACUCCGCAGCCAAGAGAAACCAGUAAUCAUGAUUUACUGGAACACAGGUCUGCAUUCCUUGAAAGGAGAAGGAGAAUAAGAUCUCAGGUGCGGGCCCUUCAGCGAUUGGGUAGCAGGUUUGAGAGUUUAUCAGGUCAUGACAGAUCAUGUAUAUUAUCUGGGCAACAUCGAACUGGUUGUAGCACAUGCAGAACAAACAAUCGAGCUGCUAAUCCUGAUGAUGACACAAGUGCUAGAGCUAGCAUAUCAAGAAUUGUUAUGUUAGCAGAAGCACUUUUUGAGGUUUUGGAUGAAAUUCAUCAGCAGUCUGUAGUUCUCUCAUCUCGGCCAUCUUUUUCCUCUAUUGGAUCUGUUCCUGCUCCAAAGGAGGUAGUAGAAUGUAUGCCAAUAAAAGUAUACAUGAAACCACAUGAACACCAAAUUGACGGGGCUGCACAGUGUUAUAUUUGCCUUGUGGAGUAUGAAGAAGGAGAUUGCAUCCGAAUACUGCCUUGCAAUCAUGAAUUUCACCAAACAUGUAUAGAUAAGUGGUUGAAAGAGAUUCACAGGUAUUUUUUAAUCCGAUCCACUGUUCAUCCUGCAAUUACAUGGGUUUGUCCACUUUGUCGUGGGAACGUUUGCAGAUUGGAUGCAUCAAGCACAGAGAAGCUUUGUUGAAGCAGAUCUGUGAAAUCUCCUGCACUGAACAGUUCCGCUCUGCUCCAUGCAUUCAUGGGACUGGUGGAUUUUUCUGCCUCCUUCAAGAAACCAAAGCAGGUUGCACUGUGUUAUUAGACUGCAACCCUUAGCUUUGGGUCCCCAUGGCCUUUCCUCAUGUAAUCAUUCAAUUCUUAAUUUUAUGAAUGGCCACUGUCCCAAUUUAAAAGCUUUGCAACGCAAAGGGAGACCAGGAGAUUCUGAGAUUAUUUGAAACAGGGGAAUUUGAUUAAUAUCUUUCAGCGAAAAUUUCUCUAUAUUGUGAUCU